GCCACAGUGAUGUAUUCCCAAUACAUACGGGGACCUGCAGUAGUCUGACAAGGCUUUAUUUAGUGAAGAGCGGCAGUUAUGCUCUCUUGUAGUGGCUCAGCUAAUGUUAGCUACUCAGACGUCGCUUUCUUUGCAUAACAUUAGUAACCAAAUACAGAAAGUGCUGGGAAUGCAGCCACCGCUGCCACCUGAAGCAGUCAGAGAGCUGGUGUGCUCUUGCCUGCAAAGAGACCCCGUAGCAGCAGACCUGCGAUGCAGCCUCUUCGUUGCUGCCACUCAGAACUACAAGAGAGACUCUUUGCUCAGACCAUUCCCUCCUCGUUACUUAAGUGGUGACAAUAAGGAGUUUGAGGAGUUGCUGGCAGAUGUGAACUCGUUGCCUGGUGUGAGAGAGCUGGUGAGACUACGACCUGGAGAAGCAGAUCAUCAUUUGGCUCUCGCACACUGGAUUCUGUCUUCAAAGAGCUUUGCUGUAAAGACACUACAGAAGGAAGAGUAUGCCAAACUCUGCAGCCUGACGGAAAAUGAAGGGAUGUCUGCACCCGUGCCAGACUUCCUCUUUGAGCUGGAGUACUCUGAUCAGAUGAAUGCCAGGUUUGAGAGGACGAGGGAAGGACGAGAUGUUUUCUAUGCUUUCCACGGGAGCCGCUUGGAGAACUUUCAUUCGAUCAUUCAUAACGGCCUGCACUGUCACCUCAACAAGAACUCGGUGUUUGGAGAGGGGACCUACCUCACUAGUGACCUCAGUAUGGCUGUCCUCUACAGUCCCCACAGCAGCGGCUGGAGAGAAAGCAUCCUAGGUCCACUGCUGAGCUGUGUCGCCUUGUGUGAAGUCAUUGAUCAUCCAGAUGUUAAGUGCCAGGUGAAGAAAAAAGAUUCUGAAGUUGUAGACCGCCAGCGCUCGAGGGCAAAGAACAGUGAAGGAGGGGAUGUACCACAUAAAUACUUUGUAGUCACCAAUAAUCAGCUUUUACGAGUCAAGUACCUGCUUGUUUACUCUCAGCGGAGGCACCUGUCCAGACAUUCCCGCAGCCGCUCGUGGCUCCUCAGACACCAUUUUGCCAUCAUGAUGAGUCUCUACCUUCUGCUGCUCAUAUUCAUCGGUGCCUUAAACUCCAACACCUUUGUAUCCUUUUGGAACAGACUAUUCAGGUGAAAUGACAACAGGACACAUGGCAUGGAUGUUUCUAAUCCACAGUGCCUUCCUGACAAGAUGUUGGCUGAAGGCAUGAGGAAAAAAAAUUUUUUAUGCACCUUUCUACUGUUUUCUCUUAUAGUUCUUUGCUUUGUUUGCAAUGUAUAAUGUAAUAUAGUCAUCAUUACUGUAAAUGCAAGAUAACAUAUCGUUUCAGAUGGGAAUCUUGUUAUGUAUUGAUUUUAAUGAAAUCUGUAAGAAGAUCUUUGUUGAUUUUAAGACAAUUGCAGUGUUCCUCCUUUAGUUUGAAUGAUUCAGUAAAUAAUCAGUUUUAUAGUUAAUCUCUGUUACUGUGUUGUUUCAGUCCUCAGAGGACACAAUUUUACCAGCCAAAGGGAAACGAUGGAAAUCAUCCUGUUUAAAUAAUCAGUGUGUUUUUGUUUUCUCUUUCUGGUUUGAUGUGCAGCGAAUUCCUCGUUAACUGAGCCAUUAUUAUAACUAAUCAGUUUUUCUGGCCUUAAUGAUAAACUGAAAUUCCACUUUUAAAUUCUUAAGAUUGUCAUUGUCUGUAUUUUGGAAAUUAAUAAAUUGGGAUGUUUUUAAA